UCUCCGACGAGAUUACAAGGCGGUAGUAAAUAGACGGCACGCUGGUCUGAGAGGAGAGCAAUAUAACUACACUUAUAAAUAUACUUAUGGUUAUUAUAAACCCGGCCAUUAUACACAUUGAACAUUGAACCUUCAGUGGGCUCACUAGCUUUGCUUUUGAGACCAAGCAGACUGUUUCUGUGUAUUCAUGUGUGUUUAAAUAACCCACAACUAGCCUCGCUGUGGCCUUUCACAACGCUAGGCUAGGCUAAACUAAGCUAGGCUAAGCUAGCAUUUGGCUGACUGUCUCCCCAAAAACACAUUUUAAUUGCCAAACGUGGCUGCUUUCUGAUUUCACCAUCUGAAGUGAACCCUGGCCUCCGGAUUUUGACUCAAAGAUGAUCAUUGAAAACCUCGAUGCCUUGAAAAAUUGGCUUUCGAAAACCUUAGAGCCCAUCUGUGAUGCUGACCCCUCUGCACUAGCAAAGUAUGUGGUGGCUCUGGUGAAGAAGGACAAGACCGAGAAAGAGUUGAAAGCCCUCUGCAUCGACCAGCUGGAUGUGUUCCUGCAGAAAGAGACCCAGAUCUUUGUGGAUAAGCUGUUUGAAGCAGUGAGCAACAGAAGCUACCUCCCUCCCUCAGAACAGCAAGCGCCGGUGAACAAGGUCAACCCAAAACUAGAGAAGGAUGAAGUCAAAAAAGAAGAGUCGAGCCGCGAGGACGAUCGAGACAAGUUCUCUCGAAGGGUGAACCACAGUCCUCCACAGUCUAGCUCCCGCUAUGGCAGAGAUGGCAGGGCCCUAAGGGUGCCAGAAGAUAAACGUGAGGAACUCCAGACGAGGAACCAGGUCCCUGAUAGAGUCUUGAGGAGAGUGGAUGACCGAGGGAAGAGGGACGAGCGGCCCAGGAAGAGGGAGUAUGAACGCCAGCCACAACGGAGAGACUCGUACCGGGACCGCUACAACCGCCGUCGCGCACGCAGCCGUAGUCGCAGCCGCAGCUGGAGCAAGGACCGCAUGCGGGACAGAGAGAGGGACCGAGAGAGGGAACGAGGACGAGAGCGAGACCACUCGCGUACCCGCUCUCGGAGCCGGAGUCGAGAGCGUGACGCUGCGAAACCCAAGUAUGACCACGAAGCAGGCGAUCGCUCGGAGGUGGUCGAAGGGUACGCCCCGCCCCCCCUGGUCUCCACGCCGACCACCAGCCACUUCCCCGUCCCGUCGCUGAGCAGCACCAUCACCGUCAUCGCCCCUUCGCAUCACCACGGCAGCAACAACAACAACAGCAUCAGCACCACGGAGAGCUGGUCGGACAUAAGGCCCGACCAAGCCUUCCCCAGGCGCCCGCCCCAGCAGCCCCGGAAGCGUUGCCGUGACUACGACGAGAAGGGCUUCUGUAUGCGUGGAGACAUGUGUCCCUUCGACCACGGCAGCGACCCGGUGGUGGUGGAGGACGUCAACCUUCCCAACAUCCUUCCCUUCCAGCCCCCUCCCUCGCAGCCCCCCCCAGGUCUCCCACCGCCUCCCCCCCUCAUGAGCCCGCCUCCUGCUCAGCUCCGGCCCCCAGUGCCCCCCCCUGGCUCGCUCCCCCCCAGCCUCCCACCUGUAACAGGUCCUCCUCCCCCACUCCCCCCUCUGCAGGCCUCUGGUAUUGCCGCUCCUCCAAACUCCAUCGCCAGCUCCGUCCCCACCAUCGUCACCUCUGGGAUGCGCUCCUCUCUCCCUCCCCCAUCCGCUCCCCUCUUCUCCUCCGACUCAUAUGAUACAGACAUGUACAACCCUGAGGCCCCCAGCAUCACCAGCAUGUCCAGGCCCAUGCAGUACCGCCACCGAGCCAGCGUCCAGAGACCCAACCUCAUCGGACUGACCAUGGGAGACAUGGACCAGCCCCACAGAGAGAAGCCUCCUAACCACCGGGUGGUGAUGGAGUCGGACCCCAGGAAGAGACCAGCCGGCCUCCCCGAUGGCAACAUGCCCCCGAAGAAACCCUGGUUCGAAAAGCCCAGCUUUGGGAACCACCAGGGCUUCCAGAACAGAGCUCCUGCACAGUUUCACCCCCCCAACUCCAGGCUUCUGGUCAGACAGAUCCCCCCUGACCUCAACAACAUCAGCAAGCUCAACGCACACUUCUGCCGGUUUGGCACCAUCGUCAACCUGCAGGUGGCGUACCAAAGUGAUCCAGAGGGGGCGCUGGUCCAGUUCUCCAACCCCCAUGAGGCCAAGCGGGCCAUGCAGAGCCCCGAGGCCGUGCUCGGGAACCGCUUCAUCAGGGUCCACUGGUACAGACCGGAUGGCCCCCCCGGACCCCCAACCUCCCUGCAGCCUGCCCACCCCGCCGACCUCAGCGCCCUGCCAACCUCUCUCAAACAGUCUGUGAAGGACCGUCUUGGGCCCCUGCUAACAGGGCCCUCGGAUAACCAUAACCCGGCUGACGCCUCUCAGAAUUCUGCCAAAACGUCUGUGAAAGAGAGGCUUGGGUUUCCUGUUAAGCCUGCCAUUCCUACUGAGAAGGUCUUUUCCACUUCCAAAGGGCUGACCAAGACCGUGUUCAACCCUGCUGCUCUGAAGACUGCUCAGAGGAACAGCGAGGACACGCUGAGGAAGAAACAGGAAGCUCUGCGGUUGCAGCAGGAUGUAAACUGCAAGAAACAACAGAUCCUAGAGAAACACAUCGAGACACAGAAGCUGCUGAUAUCGAAGCUUGACCAGAAGAAGGUGGUGGUGAAGGUGGAGGACAGGGCGAAGAUCAUGCAGACCCUGUCCUCCCUCACCCAGAUAAUCACAAAACUCCAAGGGGAGAUCAAGGCUUCGUCUAGCUGCCCCCAACCCAUGCGCUCCACAAAGACCAAAGCCCAGGCCCAGAAAGAGCUUCUGGACACAGAGUUGGAUCUCUACAAGAAGAGCCAGGCUGGAGAAGACAUAGCGCUGCUCAAGAUUAAGUACACCCAGCUACAGAUAGAGGCGGCCAAGCGGGGUCUCUUGGCUCGGGGUCGGGGGCUGCUGAUGAGAGGUCGGGGGUCACUCAGGGCUCGGGGGCGGGGCUCCAGGGGGCGAGGCCGCGGCGCCUCGCUGUACGCGUCGGUUGAUCAUCGGCCGCGAGCGCUAGAGAUCUCGGGCUUCUCCGAGGCCGAGCAGGUUGAACUGCUGCCACACUUCGCGCAAUUCGGAGAGAUCGAGGACUGCCGAAUAGAUGAGGAGACUCGUUCUGCUGUCAUCACCUACAGGAGCAGGGCAGAGGCAGAGCAGGCGGCAGUCCACGGUGUGAAGCUGAGCAGUCUCCUCCGUUUGUCGUGGUACAAACCUCCAAUCAGCAUGUCGACUGCAGACCACGGUGACCCCGAGCCCGACGACGAAGAGUUUGCAGAGGAGCCGAUGAGUGAUGACGCUCUGCUUCAGGAUGAUGAUGAAGAGGAGGAUGACAACGAGCCUCGCUCCUGGAGGAGAUGAAGAUCACCACAUACACGCACCUGGACCACCUCGGCGUGUGAUUAUUAAUUGCGAGAUAGACUGUGACAUCAUACAUUAGAACUCGAUUUGUUUUCCUCAGCUGAUGUUUCUUAUGAACGUGUUCAACAACAGAACCUUUUUAAUUAUCUUAAAGUAUAGAAAUGAUUCAACAAUGUUUUUCAUUUUUUUGGGGUGACGUGUUAAAUAAUCAAAUUUUUGAUGCCGUUUUCUUUGAAUUUAAAAAUAAUUUAGGUUGUGUUGAAUGAAUUUGAGUACUAUUGGUAGCUGCGCAUGUGUAAAUAUUUUAUGUAUCAGUUUUAUUCAUUUUGUAUGACUUGUUUGCUUCUCACUUUCUGGCUUAAUGAAUUGUAAAAAAAAAUAAAGAAUUGAAAUGGUCUUAAGAAAAAUGUGCUGCACAAAAAAUUCAACAAACCAAAAAAAAUUAUGAAAAAAAUGCAGCAAAGUAAAAAAAAAAAAGUUAAGAAAUAAAGACCAUUUAAAAAAAUAAAAAAAAAUGCAUAGAAAAAAAAUACCUAUUACCUUAAGCUCUACACUCCUACCAUUGUUUCCUGUUCCAUUGGUUGGUAAGUUAAUUUACAAUUAAUACCAAAUGAUGUUUCUAACAUUUAUAAUUAUUUAAAAAAUUAUCCAACCCUUUUAUCAAGUUAUUUUUUUCUCUCCUCCAGAUGUCGCUGUCUACUAGAUCCUCCCAAGCCCUGUACGCUCAUCCCUUUUUUUUUCUUUUUUUUUAAUGUUACAACAUACUGUGUAUGUCGUAUGUAAAUAAAUACUGACAUACUGUGUAUGUCACAUGUAAUUAAGUAAAUAAAUACUGACUUAAUUCUA